AUGUGGCCCAAACCACAGGAGCCUCAAUCUGUCCCGGUAUCUGCCAAACACUUUUCGUUCACGAUGCAAUUCUGGUGGCUGGCUCUGUCCAGCCUUCCCACCCAGGGCAUCCGCGUGCAGGACGGCGACGGUCUGCAGCGCUUGUGGGGGAGUUGCGUGCAGCCUUGGCUCCCAGCUGAGACCGCAUGUUCCGCCCGAAGCAUGAGCGAGAUGCCCAGCCUUCCUGACGAGGCAGUGUACACAGUGGAGUAUGCCAGUCAUCCCAUCAGCAGCAACGGCCUCAAGUCCUUGUCCACACUGCUCUCCUUCACCCACUCUGCCUUGGUGGUCACGGAGACACGGCAGGUCGUCGGGUCCGAGGAAACCCCGCCACUGCUCUUCGAGUACUUCGCCAGAGACUUUGGUCCCAAGGCCAUCCUCCCCGCAGCCAUCUCGGAUGGAGGCAUCCCGAUUUGGGAGAACCAGGCGGUCGUGGGCUGGCGCGUCGCUUCAGACAAAGGGGAGUGGCUGCAAGGCGCGAAUCGGACCACCGUAGGCACCGCCACCGGAAGGAUCUUGAACCAGUGGUUCAGGGAGGUGGUCUUGUGGGGUAGAAGGCACCCAGCAUACACCCUCUUCAAUCUAUGGGAUUCCACGAAUGCGGCGACGCGGAAGUCGUACAUGGGAGACAGUGUCUGCCACUCCUUCACGGAGUGGAGCUUGUCAGACCUCUUCCGGCUGGGGGCCGACUUUUCGAUUCAGCGCCCCUUGUGCCGCAACUACUUCGCAUUCAUCACGGACCGCAGUCCGUCGCGGCUCGACCUGACGACUCCAGCCGACUCGCAGAGCAUCGUGGAGUUCUACCAGCAACUCCAGCCACUGACCUCCCACAGCUUUCACGACAUCGCCGACUUCGCCUCCAACCUCCUGCGCACGGUGAGAGGGGAGACGCGGGAGACGGGGGAGACCUCCAAAACAGCCGAAGUCGUCCUCUUCCAUGCAGGCCCCGAGGGCUCCGGGCCCGGGGAGUACUUCCGCGCGAAUCUGGUGAAGCCCUACUUCGGAGUGAAGCCAAGUCAGCUGGCUCAAAGAAUGAUCUUGCCCUGGCAACACAUCCCACCGAACGUCGAGGGCGAGUGUGAAACUCAAGUCGUGAGGACCUUAACACCGUGGUGA